CAAUAAUUGUGGGGAAGGUGGUUCAGGAAGUGGUACAAAUGUGGAAGAAUGUGAUAUGUAUGACAUUAGCUGGGAAGACAACUCCAGAAGGUAUCAUGAAAUGGUUUUCGAUUCUGCUGGUCCAGAGGAUCCUCAUGUAGAGGCUAAAAACUUUUUUGAUCUUCUUGAGGCAGCUCAAAAGCUUUUGUGGGAAGAGCCAUUUUCUUAUUGAUUAUGAUGAGGAGGAGUUUUUUUGGAGGGCUUUCAAAUAUAGGACAAGUAAGCGAUUUAUCCAAAUGAUGUCGGAUAUCCGUGAGGGUGUGGAUACAACCCACGAAUGGCCAAUUCCUGCUUACAAAAAGGUGUUGGAAAAGUACUGGAAAACGGAUGAGAAAUGGAAAAAUAUAAGAAAAAAAGCGAGGGAGAAUCGAGCGUCACUCUUAGGUGGUUCUGUCCAUUGCGGUGGUUCUAUUCCACUGAGCUCAACUAUAGAGAGGAUGAAGAAGCAGUUGGACCGUACACCAACUCAUGAGGAAGUCUUCAAGGAAACCCACACACUUAAAAGUGACAAGUCUAAAUGGGUGGACAAACGCUCUCAAGACACUCAUGAGAAGUUUAUAAAAAAGUUAGCAGAAGUUCAGGACCAACAUGUCGAGGCUCAAGCACAAGGAAUGGAGCUACCACCAAUUGAUGAAGACUUGAUUUGGGAGGAAGUGUGUGGUGGGCAAAAGAAGAAUUGAGUUUAUGGAAAAGGAGCAUUCUUUUCUAGAUUUAUUAAGUCUAGAACCACUUCUGCCAACUUUGUAUUUGGAAGAGCAUCUACAAAUCAAAAUUUUGUUCUUGAUUUGCGAAAACAGAUUAAUAAUCUCAAUGAAGAGCUUUUUCAACGUGUUACUCAACAGACAGAUGAGCGUAUUAGUAAGUUGUUAGAUACACGCUUGGCUCCUUUGGAAAAGACUCAAAAGAAGUUAGAAAAGUUAGAACGGGCAAUUGGAAAGGCUAAGAAGGAAAAGCUGAAACGGAAGAGAUGGAAUGAGGCUUAUGUUAGCUAUUACAAGAAGGUUAGAGCGUCAAGUAGUUCCACUACUGCUCCACUGCCACUGCCACCGCCACCGCCGCCAUCUUCAAUCUCUUCGGAUGAAGACUAUGAUGAUGAUGGGGAUGAAGAUGACACUGAGGACUAUAGUUGAUAAAUUUAGUAUGGUUAAACAAUAUACUGAGGAUUAUAGUUGAUAAUACACUUUGUUUAUGUCUUGAAUUAUAUUGACUUGCUUGUUUAUAAUACUUUUCUUUUAGCUUUAUAAUAUGAUGAAUUUGUUUAUUU